AAAUGAAGUAUUUUUGUUUCAGCAAAAUAAAACGAUUGGAAAUAAUUGGAAAUAAAAUUAUAAAGUUUUAAUAAAGGCGGGAGUUACAAACAGGUGACAUAUGUAGUUUUAUGAAAAUGAAACGGGAAGAGGGUUCAUUACAACCUAUAAAUUUGUGUAACAUGGAACAACAAGUGAAUCAUGAAGAAACAAAGUUUUUCUUUGGUUUCGUUCGUCUAAAUUAUGGAAUUUUCGGGAUCGGAUGUACGGAUAUUUUUUUUGGUGUACUAAUGUCGUUAUCUUAUUUUAGAAAAACUGAGGUUCCUUUAGUUAUAGCAGGGGCCAUUCGUAUCUUGUCAGGUUUUUGGUGCUUUACUGGACUGUAUACAAAAAAUAAAACGAUGAUGAAUCUCUUCUUAUUGCUUAUACUUUUCAACAAUUGUCUUGUUCUUUCAGUGUGUAUCGGAUUCGCGAUCAUAGUAACUUCUUCCCUAACUAUAGUAUGUGAUCUUCCUACUGUUCCUCUUAAAUUUGGAGAGCAACCUCCAUCCUGUCCUUUCACUCAUCGUAAAGGCCGGUCUUUCUCAUGAUUUAACUUUGUUUUGGCCUUCUUUUUUAAAUUAGUUUUUACUAAAGAAGUAUUAUGUAACGCUUUUUAUUUUAUAGAUUGUACCUAUAUUAUAUUUACAUAACCAUUCUUUACGUUCACCAAAACGAGUCGAAACAGAGUGAGUGGAAAACCGCAACAGAGGAGUCUCCCUUAUUAGAAGCACCAAAGUCGUACGACAUUGUUAUUUUCGAGCAAGGUGAUUAUCAACCGAUUGAACCAAUUUAAUUUGGUACAUCUUAAACUAUUAUUCAACAUGCUGUUGAUGUGUUUUUUUAACCUAAUGCCGUUCCUUAUUUUCUGCUCAAUUAAAACUUCACCUUUCUAAAUUCUACAAUAUUUCCAGUGAUUUUAUUUAAUAGAAAAUUAUUUUUAUUUUGAGAAUAUACAUUUCUCCAUAAAACUCGGGUAUUAUAAAUAGAAGUACUAUUUUCAUAAAUUUUAAUGAAAAAAAAUUAAAAAUGAGUAUUUUUUUUUUA